CUUGGCAUUGGUAACAGCGGAUAAACCAGCUGACUGAUAUUAACCUCCCAGACUCGUGGCCGGGGGGGACACGGGGUAAUACUGACCCUGAAGUGUCAAUAGGCUGUUCAUUCACGGAGGGCUAAGCACGCAAACCUUAUCCUGAUCUCACCUAAUACCUUCAUUCUGUCAUCACUAUCGAUAUCUAGUGGAAUAGUUCAAUUGUUCACUGUGAAAUCCUUCUGUUCUGCCUUUUGGAUUUAAGAGAGAGUUAUAUAGAGCUCUAGGGGCUAGUGGAGUCAAGUGGGGAAGAAGGCAGGCACGGGUUAUUGAUAGGGGACGAUCAGCCAUGAUCGCAAUGAAUGGUGGUGCUGGCUUGAAGGGCCGAAUGGCCUCCUCCUGCACCUAUUUUUUAUGUUUCUACGCUUUGCAAUCUACUCGCUGAGUAUGGAACUGAGAGCUAUUGAAGCAAAAGUUAAUUUCUAUUCGUAAAUUAACAUUUUUGGAUUCUUAGAUUGUGAUCGGAAAUUUCUUAAUUUAAUUUAAUUUUAUUAAUUAGUUUCAAUAGUAGAAGUAAAAAGGGCUGGGCUGGUAAAAUAAGGGCUGCUGAAAAAAUAAAACAUUCUACAAAACGACCCCGUUUAAAAGUAGGAUAUAUGUGCUGGUAAUUCAGGACUUGUAUGCCUUCAGCACUAAAGGGUUACAGUCAUUGAGGCUCAGCUAGAUGAGGAUGCCCUUAUUUAGUCAGUGAGGAGGAACGGCCCAUGGAUCAGAAUAGGACGCUGUCCCAGCUCAGUGGAAAGAAAAACUGUGCAACUCUCACCAGAGAUCAAACAGCGGGUCCAGUCAGAUCAUUAUCAGGGGGAUUUAUGCAGAUUGCAACAGCAAACACAGUGCACAAAUCAUUCCUCCCGCUGGACAUGGGAAGCAAGAAACAUGUGCAGCUAAGGAUCGAGUCAGCAUCAUGACUCCACAGCAGAAUAACGGAGACCAGAGGAAACAAAAAGCAGAAAGUGGAAGUGAAAUGUUUGGAAAAUCAGAGGCAGAAAAGAAAAUGAAGCCUGCGAUGGAGAGGAAACGCUCAGCACCGACCAUGGUCUUCAGUAAAGCACUCAACAAAUCCAGGUUACCUUCCAGAGAUGGGCCGAUUUCCCCCACGUCUCCUGACAGUAAGGCUCUGGUUCGGGCCUUCAGCAGUCCCACCACGGCCUUCAUCAUGGAUGAACAGGUCCAGCUCACGACAGGACUGCAGACACAGGAACGCCACCUCUUCCUCUUCAGUGAUGUCCUGGUGAUUACUAAAUUAAAGUCAUCGACAAACCUGAAGCUGAAGAAGCAGGUUAGAUUGUGUGAGAUGUGGACAGCCUUCUGCAAUGAUGAUGUGUGUGAGAGGAAAACAAUUCCAGAAAAUUCCUUUGUUAUUGGAUGGCCCACAACUAACUGCGUGAUCACCUUUAGUUCGUCAGAAGUAAGAGAGAAGUGGCUUUCAGCUCUGCAAUGGCAAAUCAAAGAGAUGAAAGAAGACGAACAUCCAAAGAAAAUAUCUAUGAAGCUAUUAGUGAUGACAACACAGAGCGUAGCCUCAGCAUUAACACUCAAGGUGGCUAACACAGAUACAGCAAGAAAGGUUAUUAAAAUGGCAGCUCAACAACUCAACGCAAAAGACAGCGCAAGACAUUACCAGCUUUGGGUGCUUUCAGGAAAGGAGGCAGCACCCUACCCACUGAUUGGUCACGAGCAGCCAUUUAGUGUUGUCAUGAACUGUCUCAGAGACUUUACUGCACAUGUGGAGAGAUCUGAUCUUAACGUUUACUCCCAGCGGAGUAACAGGGUUGUCCUCCUUGAAGAUCUCCCAAAGGCGAAACAAUGUCAGUUUAUUCUGAAGCCAAGACCCCACCCGGAUAUUAAUAUGACCAGAGAAUCCACUCCAAAAACUCUUAGGAAAAAGAAGUCAAUAAUAGAUUGGGCUCUCCGACGCAGUUCCAGCAACCAGUCAGACAGUGGUCCCACCUCUGAGUCCCCAAUCACACCAAGAAAGCUGUUUGGACUCUCCCUGCCAUCCAUCUGCAAGAAUGGUACCCUGCCAAAGCCAAUCAUGGAUAUGCUUGUUCUAUUGUACCAUGAAGGCCCUUCCACCAAAGGCAUUUUCAGACGCUCAGCUAAUGCCAAGACCUGCAAGGAACUAAAAGAGAAACUGAAUUCUGGAAAUGAGGUGCACAUGGACAGGGAAUCGGUCUUUGUGGCAGCUGCUGUCAUCACGGAUUUUCUUCGUAAUAUCCCGGGAAGUGUUCUGUCGUCCGAAAUGUACGAAAAGUGGAUGGAACGAAUAGAAAAUGACAAUAAAGAGCGAAAGAUACUGUCCGUAAAGAGUCUGAUCGAGGAGCUUCCUGAAGCAAACGUUCUUCUCCUUCGUCACUUGUUUGGGGUUUUACAUCGCAUUGAAAAAAACUCAGAAGAGAACCAGAUGACAGCUUUUAACCUGGCACUUUGCAUCGCUCCAAACAUGUUGUGGCUUCCUAGUCCCAUGAGCGCAGAGGAAGAGAGCAAAUGCACAAGUAAGGUGGCCAUUCUUGUACAGUUCAUGAUUGAAAACACUCACCAAAUCUUUGGCUGUGGGCUGAGUUCUCUCUUUGGGGGAUCACAGGAUGUCCAGCAUAGUAAUUCCGAGGACUCUCUAGAUGUGGACUCGCUGCAGCCCCAGUAUUCGUCUGAUGAUACUGAUUCUGUGCUGUCCGAUCUAAAUAAACAACUGCAAAAGGAGCGGCAAAGGAACUCCAUCUUCAUCACCUUGAAGGAUUCCAAGCGGUUAGCUGCUGAAGAUGCCAACAGCAUUUGGAGGCAGCAAAGAUUCUUCAGUGAAGAAGUUUCAUCGAAGAAACUGCUGGAGAAAAGUGAUAGCGGAGACAUCUGCGAGCAAUCGGAGAAUGAGUCCUUGUACUCUUGCUCCUCAGUAUCUUCCCUUGCGGCUAUUGAGCGAAUGGACUCGGCCCGAGACCGCUGUUCGUCGGAGCCCAGUGUUUGCCUGCCACACCACCUUGCUUUGUCCCAUGAACCAGUGACUCGCCAAUCCAGCUGUGAUGCCACCAUGACCCAUGGCCACAUUGACUACUUACAACAGUUGAAAAUGCUUCAGAUCGAAAGCCAGAAGCUAUUAGAUGAUGGAAAAGCACCCGCUUCUAAUAAAACGAAACACGCAUUUUGGAGGUCUCCUCGGAUUAACACCAAGACGAAACAGCCAAACUCCCACAGGCUGAACUUGUCAACAAGGUCAAGUUUGUCUAGCCUAUCUUCUCCGACAACAUCACCUUCAGAGUCGUCACUUAGUUCAAUAGAUAGUGCCUUCUCUUAUUCUGACUCUUCGAUGUUUGGUCGCAAUGACUCGUUACUCUGUACUUUGGGGAAUUCUGGAAGAAACCAGGCAUCCUCAUCUUGUAUGUCCAACAGGCUAUCUGGUCAAUUGCCUGAGGAAUUGCCACUUUCAGCGGCUUGUUGCAUUGAUGACUUGCAUUGGUACAACGAAGUGGAGAAGGUCAUGGAGUGUGAGAACGUGAGCGUCAACUCAGCCCAACUAUCAAUAGAGGUCAGAAGUCAAAAGUCUUUGGCGGUUGAAAGUUAUGAGAAUGAUAUUGGAUGCUUUACCAGCGUGACAAAUCUUGGGCAAGAUCAGGCCGAGACGAAUCUUGUCCAAAUUAACACAGAGACGUUAAACGGAGAAAGUCACCAAGAAAGAAAUAGCUUGACUGUUCCUAAUGCAACGCAAUUUGUCACAUUACCCGAGGAGCUAACUUGCAGCAAUAUUAAACGCACUAAAAUAACCUUCUACAUGGCACCAGGAAAGAUCGUCUCUGUACAGCACAAGGGCGAUCAAGAGAAGCAGAACCUUGAAGUUACUAAAGCUGGACAAGAAAAUACUUACCAUCACACUGCUCUGCCUACUAGAACAGAGAAUGCAAGACAAUCAGGGCAGACUAUCAAGGUCCACAUCCCACAAUCUGUAUUUUAUGGACAGAAUUCGCCCUUGGUUCUCCAAUCUGUGGCAAGAAGACAAAUCUUUGAAACGUCCAAAGCAACUAAGCAAAGAAUUAUGCCAGAGGACAUUUUAAACAGAAGCCUUUCUAGAGACUCUCCUUCACUGAAUGACCAGGGAAUAUUGGACUCCUCGAGUCAACCUCAGCAAUGUAGCAAUAGCACUAGUAAUAAAAGACGUACCAUUCAUAUUGUGUUACCCCCCUCUGUUCAAAGCACUGUCAAGGACUAUUUCCUCCACAAUGAGGCAAAACACUGCCUCAGAGACACUUCGACAGUGGAGAGCGAACUGAUUAGGACCAGGCAAGAAUGGCACAGCAAACGGUACAGCAGUACACAAUUAGAAGACUUUGAAAAGAUGAUUUUCACAGAUGAAUCUUAUGUCUGAAAAUGUAACAUUUAACAUAAUACAGAUGUUUUCAUUACACUUUGAUAAACCAGGUCAGCUCUUCAUACUUUGCUACUGAUAUAUCCACUUCCUGCAAAUAAGAUGACUUGGGUGGUACUUUUGCAUGUUGAGCAUUGACACUAUUACUCUGGCCUGGAACCUAUUCUUUCAACCAUUAGCAAUCUCCUAUGUCUAUGGAGGAUAUUCCUCCAGAAAUUAUUUUUUAAUGGGGAAGCUGACUGUUUAAACCCUUUUUAAAAUAGUGGGUAGAGGCUCAUUUUUAGCUUUUACAUGCUAAUGUUGAAAACAUCGACCUGAAUUUAUAUCAUGCCAAUGUUUCUCAUAUCUUUGCUUUCCUCUGGCUCCAACAUAUCCAGUUUUUUUACAAAUGUUCUCUAUAUUAUCAAGCCAAUGUUCAAGAUUGUCUUUUCUGAUACUCCAACCAAACAGGUCCAAACUUCAGAAUUGGCCAAUCAAUUCAAGAUACAAUGUGUUGGCGUAACUCAGCAGACAAUAGACAAUAGACAAUAGACAAUAGGUGCAGGAGAAGGCCAUUUGGCCCUUCGAGCAGGCCAGGCAGCACUGCUGGAGAACAUGGAUAGGUGACGAUUCGGGAUGAGUCUCUUCUUCAGACUGUCUCUUUCUACUCUCUCUUUUUACAAUCAAUUCAACUUGCUUUUACAAAUUGGCGUUGCACUGACUGAACAGGGAUUGGGAAGAUUAUUGAGAAGUUGCAGGUUUUCAGUUGAUUGAACAACUGGACCCAUAGUUUACAUGCUGCACAUAUUGAGAAUUGAGGCCAUCAUGCAGUAAUGUCGCUGAGAAGCAGGCUCAUCGGCCCAUUGAGUCUGUAUACUGACCAUGAAGAUCCAUUUACUCCAAUCAGUUGUACUCAAAUCCUAUUGUAUUCUCCCCUCAUUCACAUUCUCUCCCCACAAACUCUGCACUCAGCUAUAUAAUGAAGGCAAUUGUCAGUGGCCAACUAAUCGGACUAGAAUACAAAAACAGAGAUGUAAUGCUGAUGCACCAUAAGGUGCUUGUAUUUGCAGUACUAUGAGCACAUUUGGGCCUCAUAUCUGAGGAAAGAAGUGUUGGCUCUGGAGAAGGUCCAGAGAAGGUUUACAAGAAUGAUUCCAGGAAUUAAUGAGUGGGUUAGCAUAUGAUGAGCGUUUGACAGCACUGGCCUCUACUCGCUGGAGUUUAGAAGGUUGAGGGGGUACCUGAUUGAAGCUUAAGGAAUAGUGGAAGACAUGGAUAGAGUGGAUGUGGAAAGGAUGUUUGCACUGGUGGGAGAGUCGAGGACCAGAGGUCAUGGCCACAGAGUUAAAGGGCACUCUUUUAAAAAAGAGGUGAGGAAGAACAUCUUGAGACAGAGGGUAGUUAACCUGUGGAACUCAUUGCCACAGAGGUAACCGGGGAGGCCGUCAGUUGACAUUUUUAAGGCUGGGAUAGACAAAUGCUUGAUCUGAAAGGGUGUCAAGGUUACGGGGAGAAGACAGGAAAAUUGGGAUUAGGAGGCAGUGUUCAGCCAUGAUUGAAUGGCGGAGUGGACUCGAUGGGCAGAAUGACCUACUUCUACUCCUAUAACUUGUGAACUAACCCAACAACCUGCACGUCUUUGGGAUAUGAGAGGAACCAGGAGCAUCCAGUGGAAUUUGCAUGGUCACAGCAGGAACAUGCAAUCUCCACAUAGACAGCAGUAAAAGUCAGGAUUGAACUCAAGUGCCUUGAGCUGUGAGAUAGCAGUUUUACAUGCCAUCAUGCCACCCCAUAGAUAUCCACCUUGAGGGAAUACAUCUGCACAACAAAGAGGAAACAAAAAUCCUAGAUGCGCAGGUCUUUUCAUUUGUGGAAUGCUUAGUUGACCAUUUGGUCCUGAUGGCUCUGUGUUUAAUAAAGUAUAGUCAUCGCCACGACCACUAGGAUGUGCCAUGUAUAUUUAUUGAUAUGUUGCGGAUUACCUCGUCUCUAGUUCAGUUUUAGUUUACUUCAAGAUUCAAGAUUCAAGAUAGAUUUAAUUGUCACAUGUGCCUGAUUGCACAGUGAAAUGAAUUUCCAUACAGCCAUACAAUAAAAAUCAACAGGACACAACACACUAUAGGGUUUGACAUAAAACAUCCCCACACAGCAGAAUCAAAGUUUCCCACUGUGUGGGAAGGCACCAAAGUCAGUCUCUUCCUCCACUGUUCCCCGUGGUCAGGGCCUCCCCAUGCCCUCCGCAAUUGCCGCUACGGGCGGCCCGAUGUCCAGGACCGCUCGCUGGGGUGUUGUAAGUCCGACGUCGGGGCUGCGGGACGUCCUCAGCGGCGUGGACACAGAGUUGGCCCCCUCCUACCGGAGUCGGCGGCUUCCAAAGUCCUCAGGCCGCGCCGGGUGGAGACUGCUGCUGGAGACCCUCUGCAAGGCGCCCCAGGACUCCACGAUGCCGUUCAGCGCCGCCCGCAUUGGAAGCUCUCCGCACCAGAGCUCCACGAUGUUGGAGCAACGGCCCAAUGCUCCGGAGCUCCAAACGGCGACCCAGGUAGGCAUCGCCCGCUCCGCGGUGACUCCAGCGCUGCGCUGCCGCUGUAGCAGCCCUGGUCCGGUUCCCAGUCCCCGGCAGGAAAGGCCGCUCCGGGCCAGCUGGUAGGCCGCGAGGUGGGGGGCGAGGACGUGACUCAGAGAAAUAGUCGCGUCCCCGCCAGGAAGAGACUGGGAGACGGUUUCCCCCUUACCCUGCCCCCCUCCCCCACAUAGAAAAGUGAAAGUUUCCCCCAACACAAGACGUUAGACUAACUAAAAAUAAUAAAAAGAUAGAACUAACAGACAGGCUGUAGGUAGAGGCUGCUGCCAGUGCAGCGCCCCUAGAGGACUUUAGAGAUACAUCGCGGUCAUGGGCCCUUCGGUCCACCAGGUCGGCACUGACCAGCAUUCCCCGCACACUAACACUAUCCUACACACCCAGGGACAAUUUACAAUUUUACCAAGCCAACUAGCCUAAAAACCUACAUGUCUUUGGAGAGUGGGAGGAAUUCGGAGCACCUGGAGAAAACCCACGCAGGUCACCGGGAGAACAUACAAACUCUACACGGACAGUACUCGUAGUCAGGAUUGAACCUGGGACUCUGGCACUGUAAGGCAGCAACUUACUGCUGUGCCACCGUGCCGCCCUGGUGGCUGGAUAUUAUAAAUGGCUUCUCCUGAGACUACGGAGAGCCAAUGUUACUGGCUUGUUAUCCAGUGUGUGAGCAUGAGGAUCAAGGAAGAGCAAAGAUAGGUUGAUGAUUCUCUUGAAUGCAUUAUCUAAUGUUGACUGCAGACAUGUUGGCCUGGAAACACAACGGAGAAAGGAAACGGUCGUUUAAAAAUGGCACCAUUACUUGUCUUGCCAUUAAAUUAGCUACUUAUUUCCUCAGAUCUAUAGUUCUUUGCCCGACUUUAUAUGAAUUACGCAGUUAAUCACCAGUGCGACUGAGGUGGUACAGUUCACAAACCUAUCACUUUGGUACAUUCCUUUUGACGUGUCUUGCAAUUUGAUUUUUUUUAAAUGGUACCCAUUUCUCAAUGUCAUAGAAGAUGUUUAUAAUUUUUUAUUUGAAAACAAUUGCUGUUUCUUUGUUCCCACAUGAACAAUAUUGAUUGUAUAAUGUUUAGUGCUGAAGCAAAUGUUGAACUAUUCCAAUCAUUUUUAAUCUGAGCUGUUAAUUACCUUGAAUGUUACUCGUUAUGAAGAUUAUUGUAGAGCACCAUAUUUAUUACAACUAAUGAACACUAAAGCUUUUUUUGAAAAACAUAUGAAGCUUUAUUAAAAACUAAUUAAUACAGU